UUACAUUCUAUGCCGUCACACCGGCCGACAAGACUCAACGCUAGCUGGCCCCGCUGCACCUGCUCAUCGUGUACCGUACCGGUGCUGAACACCGUUGCUAAUGGAAGCCAUCCUCCUGGUAACAAGUCCUCGGCAUGCUGCAUCGUCUAUUUUACCAUUAAGGAGUCAGAAAGUAGAAUGGCGAGUGAAAUACUGAUGAAAGGAGACCCUGUGCCUUUUGCUAGGUCGAUGGGACGGUUAAUAAAUUGCAAAGAAUUCAGUGAUGUCAAGUUCAUCGUUGGCGAGGCUCGUCAGCACAUCUUUGCCCAUCGCUGCAUCCUUGUCUCUAGAUGCGAAGUCUUCAGGGCCAUGUUUGCGGAGAAGGUCGUCAAGGAGACCAGCGCAAAAAUUCCACUGGUGCUGUCAGACGUUGAGUCCGAUAUCUUUAUGAUCAUCUUGGAGUUCAUCUAUACUAACUGUGCAUCACUAAGUGCAAAGACAGUCGUUGAUGUACUAGCUUCCAGUAUAGAGUACGGCCUUGAUGAACUGAGGAAGCUGUGCAUUGCAUACCUGAUUAGAAACCUCUCUGUUACCACCGCUUGUGAAACCAUGCAGGCAGCAGCAACCUACGGACAAGACGAUCUAAGAUGGACCACAAUGGGUUUUAUUGAGGAACAUACUGUGGAAGUAUUCAAGAUGAAGCAGUUCCAGGAACUGUCAGAGCAGGCCCUCGCAGUCAUCCUCCAAAGCAGUCGUCUCUUGAUGGAUGAGAUGGACAUCUUGGCUACAGUCAAAGAGUGGGCUUCAAUCAAUUCUGCUGUGCAAGGUGUGUCUAUGAUAAAGGCCAUCAGCAGUGUCAUCAGGCAUGUCCGGUUCCCUCUCUUCAAUGAAGCAGAGCUGCAGAGGGUAGAAAGUGGCAAUGAAACACAAAAUGUUGUACCAAUUGCCAUGAUAGCAUUCGCCUGGAAGUUCCAUGCUCUCCACCAGUCGGAUGGAACCAACCCCCAGACCAAGCUUAGAAGAGGGACCAAGCACAGAGACAGUCACCAAGGACUAACACCAUGGGACCACUGAUACCAAGCUGGUCCUGGACCAAGUUUUGAAGGACCAAACUAAACUAUUACCCAGCUAUUACCUAUUAGACCGAGCUGCAAAUAAGGACUAUACCCAGGGAUAUUCAUUUGGUGCAGGCACCAUGGGAUGGCUUGCUUAGAAUCAUGAGGUUGUCACCUCCGGUUGGGUCAGGUGGUCAAGUUACCCGACCUUUUGUGAAAACGUGCCCCUUUAUUCACUAAAUGUUGGGGGGAUUGUUUGUGACAUAAACCCCUCUCGUCUAAAAAUGGUCUGGUCUAAUUUACUCAACACUUUGUCAUCUUCCACCUUUGUUUCACGAAAGGUCGUGUAAAGCGACCACCAGUCCUGAUUAUUGAUGAAACAAGCAUCCUGGACCAUGUCUAAGCAUGGACCACUGUAAAGGGCCAGGCCUGAUAAUUACCUAUUCUCCCUAAUUUUUCCCAAUUUUUCCCCAAUUUUCUUACUCCGAAGGGGGGAAUGUUGUUAAAUGCCAUUUUUUCCCCCGC